UUGCACAAGUGAAGUGCAAUUUUAGCCUCGCAGACGGAAAAACCGUACAGAGUUCAUUGACCAUGGGAGCUAACAGCAUUUCCAAUAGAUCCUCGAAGAAACGAUACGGCGGUUUUUUUCUUGACGCUCUUCGAAGAGGCAGAAAAUGUGGACAGGCGAAAAUAAUAACCUCAACGCCCAACAAAGAUGAACUAGAGGAGUCGAUUAAUGUUUCAUGCGAUAAGGUCACAGGAAAGAUAAUAACCAACGAAGCUGCUCCAGGCUCUUCGAACGCGCCUAAAAGGAAAAGACAAAACCGUUUGUCAACUUCAUCGUCAUCUUCUCAGUCGCAGCCUGCUAUUGUAAACGACAAAUCAGAUGAUGACGAACUGUUUCUGAAAAAAAAACCUCAACUGUACGCGAUGAAGCGGUGCAUUGUCGAUGCGGAGAUGCCAUGA